CACUACAUGGGCGCCGGCUUCGUCGGCAAUCGUGGCGACGUGACCGUCAUCGAGAUCGGCGUGGAGAACGUGCUGAGGAACCAGCCCGAGCCGCACAAGGUGCAGCUGGUGCUGGGCGAGACGGGCAUCACGCUGGUGGACCGGGCGACCGGCGAGGUGGUGCGCAAACACUGCUACACCGAGAUCGCUUCGUGCGGCCGCCGCAACGACCGGCUCCGGCACUUCGCCUACGUGGCCGGGGAGACGUCCUGCAACCUGGCCCGCUUCUUCUACUGCCACGUGUUCGAGGCGGUGGACGAGGAGCAGGCCAGGACCGUGCUGCACGGCAUCGCGGAGGGCUUCCGACGCACGCACUUCGCCGUGUAGCUGGCGGCGUUCGGCUCACGGCAGGGGCUGACGGCCGCACGACUCCUGCCCGGCGGCGGCCGCUCCCCUCCGGCUGUGAUGGCCGCCGCCGCUCACCCCGCUCAAGGCAACAGCCACCCGGCCGGUCACGUCACGUGGCGUGACGUCAGUUCCUGACACUGAGCGACGCUCUACUUACGGGGACCGCGUAACGCGGCGGGAGAGAAGCGAACGAGCGACCGCGAGGCAGGCUCCGCCGACCAGCUCAGCUAUUGGCAGCUCAUUGGUCGUUGGUGGAUCUGUGACCGUCCGAUUGGUCAGCUGCCUUCUUACGACCGUCUGAUUCGUCAUGGGCUAGACUUGCACUGACCGUAUUGCAUGGACUGAAUUAUUGUUAUUCGCGUCCAAAUUAUAUUUUUGUUAUGAGGAGAGGGCGGGGCUGCUAUCUUUGUGAUAAAUUGAUUGGCACAGCUGGCGCGCACUGGUCCGCGCGGUUACACCCGCUGAGGGAGUCGGUCACGAGUGGGUGACGUCACGGUGGGGGCGGCGAUGAUUGGCCAGACCUUCGGGUUAGGUCACGACCAGCGGCGGGGGAUUGGUCCAGCGCCGGGCAGGACUGGAGGUUGAUGCAUUUGAAGCCGCAUUCCACUCGGAAGGUCGUGGACGGGGGCCACGCGGGAUUGCGCAGGGGUCUGACUCGGCAGCCACCUGGAGACGCUGAACGCGGCUGCCUGGCAGUGAAAUAUCAAACCGUAUCUAGUCAGCAGAUGGAAGGGUAUGGCAGCUAGCAAGAACUGGAUGCGGACAUGUGGGAUAGCGCCCUGUUAUGCCACGGCAUCACUUUAUAUACAAGAUGAUGAAUACAUAUUAAUGGAAAUAAGCGAGCUCGCCUGAGACGAAAUGUCUGAAUUGAUGGGUCCUGACAUAUGCCCAAGUAAGGGAUAUCUUAUAAUGGAAGUACGACCGAGUUACCUUGUGCACCUUCAUGCGAUUUAAAUAGAUGAACUGCUGGUCGUUUUUAGUCUAAACACGAGUUUUUAUUAGUACCCUAGAGAUGGUAAUAGUUGAGUAUUUAAGUGUUGCAUGCUUUCUCAGCGUAGUCGUUUGUCUAGGUGAAGUAGUUUCAGCAUAUAUGUGUGAAGGGCAUACUUCAGCAUAAUAGCUUGCACGGAUUGUGGUGGCGGGUUUGUCCGUGAUUCGAAUCAAAUACCAAAGGGCGGCGCGCAGUGUGGCCCUGGAAGUGCUUUCUUCCAAACCCACCACCGUCACUAGUCAAACGGCACCAUAAUAGCUUGAGUGGCC